UUUGAGAUGCGCCAAAUAUCAUUCUCCUAAAAGCGCUUGGUUUAACUAAGAUUGAAAGAGUCGAGCCUCCUCCAAGAUUAGAGUCAUCCUUUGUGAAGGUGCUCGAAGAUGGCUUAACGUGUCAGAAGUGGGGGUUCAAGACGAUGAGAAUGAGAAGGAGCUGGAAGUUAUUUGGUGAAGACUUAAGUGCUUAAGGGGUUUGCAGGACUUUGCCAGUAAUCCUAUGUGAAGAGGCUCUUCUAAGGAAGGAAUUGUUUGACUUUAGAUGUGGGAUGGUUCUAGAUUGAGCUGUUAAUUUCCAGCCACAGGAUGAAGUGUUGGUGGCUGAAACUCACCGAUUCGUGUUAGAGAAAGGGUGGGUUAGAGUAUUAGAUGUCCCUUAGCUCGAGAGGAACAAUGGGAUUUUAAAAGGGUUGGAGAGUUCGUGUGAUGAGGUUUGGGAGGUGGUGAGAUUCAAUGCUCCAUUGUAGGCAUGUGGACUCAGCUAAUAAAUUGAUAAAACGUAAUGAAUACUAUAAUGUCUUGUCCAAACAAACGUCUCCAUGUCUCUCUCCAGGAUAAUUUAAUGUGACAUAUUUGUAAAUAAAUCUAAGUUAUCAUAAUGACUGUCUAACAAUGUUUCCAUUUUAGGUAGUUAAUAUUGACAAGGAUGACCUAGACGCAGAUACUUCCUCUUAUCACUGCAAUGUUAUCCGGCACAUCCCCUUAGAAUCCAUGGAUCCUUCUCUAGCAAUUGGAUUUUAUUGUCGAGACAAAGAUGAUUUCGAUGAUUUCUGUUAUCGGGCAUCAAAGUUGGCAGACGAGUCGGAUGGAGCGCCAUUGUUCACGGUUGCUGAAACACAUUCCACGAAUUCAGGGAGACAGGGCAAUGCAUUGGAUAACUGUAGUAGGUUAGCGGAGGGCGAUACUGAUGGCAUGGUGCACAUGCCGAACGAAGAGGAGGAGGCACAUGAGGAUGACUGGCAAUUCCUUUGAUGAAAAUAGAACCUGUUUGGGAAUCUGGGAAAGGGAUGGUAUCCUUCCUUGAUUAUUGCUCCAGGCUUGCUUCCCAAGUUCCCCUGAGCUUCGUUGGUAAUAGGAUUGAAAUGGGGGGAGAUGCCCAAAAUAUGUCAAAUGUUUUAGUUUCUGUAGUGUUACUUUUGCAAAGGUGUUGAGUUAUUUGGAUCUUUAUUUGUUGAAUUGUUUAUUCUUGGUCCGCUUUCGUCUGAAGUUAUACAUUCGUGUGUAUGUAUAAUAAUGAGGUUCAAUUCAAAUUCAUAAAUGAAUUAUCAAUGCU